GUGCUUCAGUUUAACCAAGUUGGAGUCCACAGAGGUGCCCCAGUGAGCCCAAGGAGCCUCACAAGUUGUGAUUUCUCACAGCAGAUCCAGAGGGGCACCUAUCCUGAUGCUAUUUUGCAGGCACAAGCUGCGGGGGUAAUCCAUUCAUCCUUCUGUUCUCUCAGCAAUGCCAUCAACGUGUCCAUGGGGGAGUAUUUAUUGGAAAGUGCAAAUAAACUGUUUGGAGAGAAAUCUGCAAGAUUCAAGGAAGAAUACAUGCAACUCUCCAAGAAAUAUUACUCUAUAGAACCCCAGGCAGUUGACUUCCUAGAAUGUGCAGAAGAUGCCAGAAAAAAGAUUAAUUCCUGGGUCAAGACUCAAACCAAAGGCAAAAUCCCAAACUUGUUACCUGAAGGUUCUGUUGAUGCAGACACCAAGAUGGUCCUGGUGAAUGCUGUCUACUUCAAAGGAAAAUGGAAGACUCCAUUUCAGAAGAAACUAAAGGGGCUUUAUCCUUUCCGUGUGAACUCGACUCAGCACAAAUCAGUAGAGAUGAUGUUCCUGCAUGAAAAGCUAAACAUUGGAUACAUAGCAGACCUGAAGGUCCAGAUUCUAGAACUCCCAUAUGCUGGAGAGGUCAGUAUGUUCCUGCUGCUUCCAGAUGGAAUUGCUGAAUCCUCUACAGGCUUGGAGUUGCUGGAGAGAGAAAUCACCCAUGACAAACUCAGCAAGUGGCUCAGCGAGGACACCAUGGGUGAGGAUGACGUGGAGGUGUACAUCCCCAAGUUCAGACUGGAAGAGCAUUAUGGACUCAAGACCAUUCUCACGAGCAUGGGCAUGGGCGAUGCCUUCAGCCGAGGCCAAGCCAAUUUCGCAGGCAUGUCAGAAAAGAAUGACCUGUUUCUGUCUGAAGUGUUCCAUCAAGCUUCUGUGGACGUGAACGAGGAGGGCACUGAGGCUGCUGCCGGCACUGGGGCCAUUGUAACAGGGAGAACAGGCCAUGGAGGCCCACAGUUCGUGGCAGACCAUCCUUUCCUCUUCCUUAUCGUGCACAAGAUAACCAAAAGCAUUCUCUUUUGGGGCAGAUUUGCAUCACCCUAAAUGGAAAAUUUCCAUUUCUGCACAGGAAUUUGUAAUAUGAGGUACAAGUCUCAGGAUUUCUGCAAAUGCCAGAACUUUAGAGACCUCUGCAUGUUUCUGCCUUUCUGAACUUUUAUUACAUACUAACUAGAAACACAGACAUAGCGUGACUGUCAAUCAUAACAUUACCCUCCCCAUUAAUCAUUUGGCCUCCUAAAAUGGGAUGAUAUCUCAUUUAGCUCUUACUCUCAGUUUAUUUUAUAGCAUUAACUUCUACUGUAUUAUUUAUUGUUUUAUAUCUAUAUAUUUUAUUAUGGUCACUGUCUACUGUAGCUGAUACAUUUACAGAAGCCAGUCAUCACUUAUUUUUCUUUCUAAGGAAAUAUA